UAUGUGUAUUGAAGGUGGGCGGUCGUGUAGUCAUUGUGCAUAUUGUGUGAUUGUUAUUCGUCUUAUUUAGAGGCGGAAUUAUUUUCAAUUUUUUAUGUGUUGCGAUAAUGUAAAAAUAGAGGGGACACGAAGUGCUAAGCGUUAGAAGUUUUAUGAUGUCGGGUAUAGAAGACGCGAGAACAGAAGAUGAAGUACAAAAGGAUAAUUUAGAACCGGGAAGACAUAAGGCAACUUCCAAUCCUACGCGCUUUUUGCCUCCAAUUUGUUCUAACGGAGAUAUAAAUCGAGCUAUGAACGAGAAAUCAAACCGAUUAGCAGAUCCCAAGACGUGGUCAGACUAUCAUAGAGUGUGUUUUGUGCAAGAGCUUGGACAGAAAGCACCUGUUAGACCGGCGCGUCGGAUGCAUAAAUCACCUCGUAAUAAAGGUAAAGAGGCUAUAAGCGUGAUGCAGUACUUGGAGAAUAAUAAAGAGUUUCUUGAAGCGUAUGUUGUGGACAGUAUUCCAGUAGAAGAGUUGGAGCAGUGGCUGGUGAAGAAGACUCGUAAUCUCAAAAGCAACGAACAAUGGAAUAACAACAAAAUGACGAAUUGCAAACAAAAGUUUAUGAGUUUGAUAAGGAAACUUCAAGAAAUCGGCGACGAACAUUCUUUGAUAAACGAGAUAGCGUACUUCGUCAGUAACACAGUCGGCGCUGAUGCAUACAGGGUGUUCAAAUUGUAUCCUGAUCAUGUGAAUUUUGUACAAUAUUUCACAAAUACUGCUCCAGGCGUUAAUACUGAAAAUGGCAGUAAUUUGGAACGAGCAGGGCCUGAGGAGGUGGAGCUCGUAUUGAAAGUGGCGAGGCGUGGCGCGACGUUGCGGCUGUCGAAAAACGAUAUCGAUAUAUUUCCUGAUUCGCCCAAGGAACUGCUUCAGAAGUUUGGGAUUGACGAGACGCAAGGACUCAACCACGUUUUAUAUCAACCGAUACUGAAUGCUGCGGGUAAAACGGUGUAUGUGAUAGAAAUGUGGAGAUCGAAUAACCAAUUUGACAAGAGAGAUGAGGAAAUGAGCACGAAUUUCGUUAUUUGGAACAGUUUGACAUUACACUAUUGCAAUCUGUACUUGGAUAAGACUAGGGAACGUAAUAUGGCUGACUUUUUGUUGGAAGUCGUGAAGGCUAUAUUUGAAGAAAUGGUAUCUCUUGAUCAACUUAUAAAAAGAAUACUGGAGUUCGCUCAAAGACUGGUGAACGCAGAUAGAGCGUCCCUAUUCCUUGUUGACUAUCGAAACUCCGAAUUGGUUUCGACAGUUUUCGAUCUUCAAUUCGAAGCAGGACAUGAAAGGGAUAUGGAGAAGAAGGAGAUAAGAAUGCCCAUUGACCGUGGUAUUGCUGGCCAUGUGGCGCAGUCUGGAGAAACCAUGAACAUACCUGAUGCGUAUUCAGACUAUAGGUUUAAUAGGGAUGUUGAUGAAGUAACAGGCUAUAAGACAUCAAGCAUCCUCUGCAUGCCUGUUAAAGUCGAAGGCAAAGUGAUAGGUGUUGUCCAAAUGGUGAAUAAAAGGAACAGUAAAUACUUUGAUCACGAGGAUGAAGUGGCUUUUGAAAUGUUCUCUACGGUGUUUGGACUAGCUCUUCACCACGCUAGGUUGUAUGACAAAAUCAUGCGCAAAGAACAAAAGUACAGAGUAACGUUAGAAAUACUGAGCUAUCACAAUACAUGCAGAGAGAACGAGGUCCAGGAAAUACUGAAUAGCAACAUUAAAGUUAAUAUAAAUAUGGACGAUUUUUACUUAGACCCCUAUAAGAUCGACGAUUUCCAAAAGUGCAAAGCAGUCUUGGCAAUGUUUGACGAUCUGUUUGGCUUGUCCAAUUUCGAUAAAACGUCAGUUACAAGGUUUGUUUUGACUGUAAGGAAAAACUACAGAAGGGUCCCGUAUCACAAUUUCGAUCACGGCUGGUCCGUCGCUCACUCCAUGUACGUUAUGCUUAAAAACGACAAGAAUAAGAGAUUUGAUUACAAAAUGAGAUUAGCACUAUUCGUGGCGUGCUUGUGCCACGAUCUAGACCAUCGGGGAUAUACUAAUCAGUAUCUGAAUGAAACAGCAUCUCCGCUGGCAGCUAUGUACACCACAUCGCCACUGGAGCAUCAUCAUUUCAAUAUAACAGUCAAGAUUUUGCAACAGGAUGGCCAUUACAUAUUCUCUCACCUUUCAAGCGAGGACUACAAAGAUAUAUUACGAUAUAUCAAAUAUUGUAUUUUGGCAACAGAUCUCGUUCAGUUCUUCACUAAUUUGAAAAAAAUGAAAGAUAUCGUAAAUAGUGGUGAUUCGAGAAAACAAGGUUUCGAUUGGGCUGCGACAGAGCACAGGAACUUAGCAAUGGCAAUAUCGAUGACGGCGGCUGAUCUGUCUGCUUCUGCAAAACCAUGGGACAUACAAAUAAAAACUGUCAAAGUGAUAUUUGAAGAAUUUUACGAGCAAGGGGAUAAGGAGAGAGCUGCUGGGAAAACGCCUAUAGCUGACAUGAUGGAUAGAAAUAAACCUGAAGAACAACCACCGAGUCAGGUUGGAUUUUUGAGUCAAAUAUGUGUUCCUUGUUACGAAAUACUCCACAAAAUAUUGCCCAGUACAGAGCCGAUGUACAAAAUGGUUCUUAAGAAUCUCAGUAACUGGAAAUCUCUAGCUGACAGCCGUAGCGAUAGUCGAAAACAAUCUGAAGACUCUCAAUCAUUAAACGAUGAUACAUUGAAAAGCGUGUCAGAUUCAGAGUUGGAUGACUAUAUUAUCGAUGAUAAGCCUGAAGUUUUACCUGAUGACCAAAACGCUGUUGUUGUUGAAGAGGUUGAUACUGCAGUAAUGAAUGAUAAUGGUGGUAAAAUAGAAAGAACACUUCAGAGUUUGCGAUCAGAUUCAACUUCUUGGGAGGAAGAACAAAACGAUAAAGCAUCUAAAGCCAGUGAGAUAUGGGAGGCUGUUCCCACAGAAGAUUUUCUGGCUGACGAUGAAGGAGUUGUUAUAGCAUAACACGGUUUUCGCGUGUAAACUUAUAAUACGACAAAUGGUAGGAUUUAAAUAUAACCCAUCGUUUAAGCUCUUUAGUUUUAAAGAACUUUAUAUUGUAUUUUUAAGUACUAGUAAUUUGAUACUCGUUCACGAUUAGUGUGUGUAUAAUUCAUAUUAAUUAACUCCCGUGACAUCUCACUAUUGCUUGAUUUAAAUCGCGUCAGCAUCGAAGUCAACAUUUUAAAAAUGUAACUGCCUUUUUAUGUAACAUUUAGAUCCACCCAAAAUAAAAAAUAGAGUCAAUCGCGUGAUCAUAUCGAUGCACAUGGAAAUCUAUUAUACUAUGCGAUCCAACUAAAAAUAGGGAAUCCAAUUUCAAUUGUCAAUUGCAAUUCAAUAACAUUUUAUUUUUCUAGACUUUUACAUCAAAUUUAAAUGCAAACGAAGAUUAUUACCUCGGUUGAAUCUAUCACAAAAUAGUGGCAUUGUUCUUAUUCUCAAUUGGAUUGUAUGUAUCGAUAUAAAUAUGUGACUUUUCUUUUCUUUACAUUAGAGCGGGCAACCUAGCUGGUAAUCUAAAUGGUGAGCGAUCACCACCGCCCAUAAAUACUUGCAUAGGUAGGGCUAAAAACGCGUUGCUCGCUUUAAAGCGAUGUGUUAAAGGAAAGGAAUACACGGAAAGGACGAGUGUAUUAAGGAAUGGAUUGAGAAGGACUAGAGAAAGGAAAUUAGCCUUCGUCCCGCCCGUGCGUGAAAUACAUUAACAAACACUCCUAUAUUCUACGGGAUUUUAGUAAUGUCUCCAGUAGGAGCUGGCCCAUAUCGUGCUGAUGCGUGUUCAACUCCCAAAAACGUACCAUUGCGAUAAAUUCAUCAACAUGUAUUUUAUUUCUAUCUGUAUAACUAUAGUUGUAAAGCCUAUUUGUACAUUAAAUCUAAU